CUCCCACCCUACUGCUCCCGCUCCAUUGUCUGGGAACUGCAGCCGCGGGCGGGCGGCGCAGAGAACUGGCUGGCCAGAGGGGCCGGCGCGGAGCAGGCGCGGGAGAUGCGGGACCGGAUAGCAGCCACCUGAGCCGCGCGCUUAGAAGCCGCCUUCAGUGGGAAGGAUGUGCGCCUGGAUGGCUGGAUGCGCCGCUGCGGCCCCUCGGGGGCCCUACGGUGCCUGGCGCUGCCUCCUGGUGGCCCUCGCCCUGGAAGUCGUGAGAGUUGGCAGUAAUCAAGACACCUUGGAUCCCAUCUACCUGCCAGUGGCCCUGGAACUCCUGGAUGCCCCUGAGCAUUUUCGUGUGCAGCAAGUGGGCCACUACCCACCUGCUAACUCUUCUCUGGGCUCCCGCUCUGAGACCUUUCUGCUCCUGCAGCCCUGGCCCAGGGCACAGCCACUUCUUCGGGCCUCCUACCCACCUUUUGCCACUCAGCAGGUGGUCCCUCCCAGGGUCACUGAGCCCCACCGGCGGCCUGUCCCUUGGGAUGUGCGGGCUGUUUCCGUGGAAGCAGCUGUGACUCCAGCAGAGCCUUAUGCCCGUGUCCUCUUCCACUUCAAAGGGCAGGAUUGGCCGCCAGGACCUGGCAGCUUGCCCUGUGCCCGGCUGCAUGUCACGCACCCUGCAGGCACUGCCCACCAAGCCUGCCGCUUCCAGCCGUCUCUGGGUGCCUGUGUGGUGGAAUUGGAGUUCCCCUCUCACUGGUUCUCCCAAAGUGCCACCACAAGGGCUGACCUGGCCUACACACUGGAGCCUGCAGGUGAGGGGCCUGGGGGCUGUGGCCCUGGCACAGAGGAAGAACCUGGGGAGCAGGCUCUCCCAGUGGGUGGUGUGGAGCUGCAUCCUGCAGACCCCCCACAGUACCAGGAGGUACCUCUGGAUGAAGCAGUCACUUUGCGGGCACCCGAUGUGCCAAUGAGGCCCGGCCAGCUCUUCACUGCCACUCUCCUGCUUCGACACAAUUUCACGGCCAAUCUUCUAACUCUUCGGAUCAAGGUGAAAAAAGGACUGCAGGUAACAGCUGCUCGCCCAGCCCAGCCCACCUUCUGGACUGCUAAGCUAGACCGCUUCAAGGGCUCAAAGCACCACACUAGCCUGAUCACCUGUCACCGCACUGGGCCUGCAGGACCAGAUUCCAGCAGCCCCCCUGAACUGUCCGAGUUCCUGUGGGUGGAUUUCGCAGUGGAGAAUAGCACUGGUGGGGGUGUGGCAGUCACUCGCCCCGUCACGUGGCAGCUGGAAUACCCAGGUCAGGCCCCUGAAGCAGAGAAAGACAAAAUGGUCUGGGAGAUCCUGGUGUCUGAGCGUGACAUCAGAGCUCUCAUCCCACUGACCAAGGCCGAGGAGCUGGUGAACACAGCUCCAUUGACAGGAGUGACCCAGCGCAUCCCGGUGCGUCUCGUCACUGUGGACAGUGGGGGAGCCCUGGAGGAGGUGACAGAGCACAUUGGGUGUGAGUCAGCCAACACCCAGGUCCUGCAGGUAUCUGAGGCCUGUGAUGCUGUGUUCGUGGCUGGCCAGGAGAGUCGGGGUGCCAAGGGAGUUCGGGUAGACUUCUGGUGGCGUCGACUGCGGGCCUCCCUGAAGCUGACCGUAUGGGCUCCACUGCUACCCUUGCGCAUUGAGCUGACUGACACAACUCUUGAGCAGAUUCGAGGCUGGAGGGUCCCAGGCCCAGCAGAAGGGCCCCUGGACCCUGAGGCUGCGGUCGAGGAGGCAGAGAGGCGCUCCCGCGGCUGCCGCCUGCAGUACCAGAGAGCUGGUGUGCGCUUCUUGGUACCCUUCGUGGCCCACCCGCUGGACGGUGGCCGCCGCCUCACCCACCUGCUCGGCCCUGACUGGCUGCUGGAUGUGACUCACCUCGUGGCAGCCCACGCCAGUGUGCAAGAUCCUCGCAUAGCCUCCUUGGAAGGCGGCCGCAUCCUAGUGGGACGGGAGCCUGGAGUCACCUCUAUUGAGGUUCGUUCCCCGCUAUCUGACUCCAUCCUGGGGGAGCAGGCACUGGCAGUGACAGACGACAAGGUUUCAAUGCUGGAGCUGCGAGUGCAGCCGGUGAUGGGCAUCUCAUUGGCCCUGAGCCGAGGCACGUCCCACCCUGGGGAGGUCACAGCCACGUGCUGGGCCCAGUCAGCUCUUCCAGCCCCAAAGCAGGAGGUGGCCCUCUCCCUGUGGCUGUCCUUCUCUGACCACACUUUGGCCCCUGCCGAGCUCUACGACCGCAGUGACCUGGGACUGUCGGUCUCAGCUGAGGAGCCCAGUGCUGUCCUGCCGGCUGAAGAGCAGGGAGCCCAGCUUGGUGUGGUGGUGAGUGGGGUGGGUGCUGAAGGGCUACCCCUACACAUUGCUCUGCACCCACCGGAACCAUGUCGCCGGGGCCGCCAUCGUGUGCCCCUGGCCUCAGGCACUGCCUGGCUGGGGCUACCCCCUUUGCCCACACCAGCACCCGCCCUCCCAUCCGGCCCUGCCCGGAGUCCACCAUUCACAGAAGCCACUGUGGAGGGAAAGCGGCAGGUGGCAGGUGGUAUGGGGGGCCAUGUGGAUGUUAGAGGCAAGUUUGAGCGGGCAGAGGAAGAAGCUGGGAAGGAAGAGGAUGAGGCCAAAGAAGAGGAGGAAGACGAGGAAGAGAUGGUGCCUGCCCCUCAGCGUGUCACCGACCUAGAGUUGGGAAUGUAUGCUCUGCUGGGUAUCUUCUGUCUGGCCAUCCUCAUCUUCCUGGUCAAUGGUGUGGUCUUCGUGUUGCGCUACCAGCGCAAAGAGCCUCCCGACAGCGCUACGGACCCUUCCUCCCCCCAGCCCCAUAACUGGGUCUGGCUGGGCACCAAUCAGGAGGAACUGAGUCGUCAGCUGGACCGUUGCUCCUCCCCGGGCCCACCCAAGGGGGAGGGGGGCUGCCCGUGUGAAAGUGGGGCAGGAGGGGAUGCCCCAGCUGUGGCCCCCAGUGCUUCAGAGGGCACUGUUGGUUCCUCGAGCACCCUGACCCGCAAAGAAGCUGGGGGACGUCGGAAGAGAGUAGAGUUUGUGACAUUUGCGCCAGUACCCCCAGCCCAGCCGCCCGAGGAGCCUGUAGGGGCCCCAGCUGUACAGUCCAUCCUGGUGGCAGGUGAGGAGGACAUCCGCUGGGUGUGCGAGGACAUGGGGCUGAAGGACCCGGAGGAGCUUCGUAACUACAUGGAGAGGAUCCGGGGCAGCUCUUGACCAUUCCCUGGCCCGCCCGGUGCAGCUUCGGCCACCAGCCCAGGCAGCAGGGACCAGUGGGUUAUCUGGCUGAACUUCCUGCCUGGCCCUCAUGUUCAUCCUCUGGUGCUUGUUGUUCCACGUCCCCUGCUGGGUCCCCUCGGGGACCGAACCAGGCCCCCUCCACCCCACCCCUUGUCGUGGACCAUGGUCAAGAGGGAGGGCGCAUGUCCCUUAUUUAUGGGAACCACUUCGUUCUAAUGUUGGGUGCAGAAUAAAUGAGAAGAGAACGGGCACAGCU